AUGGCCGCGAUGAGAGUAGCCGAGGAGAACAAGCAGCUCCAGGAGCUCCUCAACAGGCAUGGCAUUAGCGACGACCACAUCGCCCAUUUCUUGCAGUCGGGCACCUUGCCACUUGAUUCGAACCAAGGCCAACCCUUUCACGCCGACAACCCUAGGGCCGCUGUCCAAUCGCUGCAACAGCUCCUGAUGCCGCGACAACUGGCCAGUCUAGAUCGAGACUUCUCCCUAUCUUUGCCGAGACAGUCGAUCCGGGACCCCUCAACCACCAGCGGGUCGACCACGAGUUCGUCUGUCUGGGAGCCGUCGCAGCUCGCGACGUCGUACGGCUACAAACAUCACAUGGGCGUGGCUACCGCAGUCAUGGGAUCAGCUGUUCAUUUUCCGUAUCCACCGACCACCCUAUUGAGCCGCGCGAGAACCACGCGACAAGGCCGCGCCUAUGGCGGGCAACCGUCCCCGUCGAUGCUCGACAGUCCCCGCCAAGCCAUGGUAACAACAUCGGCUAUGUCUCCCGGCGGCCUACGGUAA